UGCUCUCCUUCAGACCCGCCAGCCUUUCGUCGUUCCGUCCGUGCCGCCACAGUCGCGGUACGCUAUGACCAAGCACGGCCACCCGCCGCCGUCGCGUUCGGCCUGUAUGUUCGCCGGCGGCGCCGGGGGUCAGGACGGGGUGGACGCCUGGGGCGGCGGUGGCGGCGUGACCCCUGACCCCGCAGGGCGCGAACGCAAGCUGCUGCGCACGUGCAGGAGGCGCAGUGGGGCCGUGGUGAAGCACGCGGCGCACAAGGAGAAGCCCGUGCACCUGGUGCAGCGCAGAAACGCCCGCGAGAGACGCCGCGUGCAGGCAGUUAACGUGGCGUUCAGCAGAUUGAGCAAGGUGGUGCCGCUGGAGAGCAGAGGAAAGCGAAUCAGCAAAGUGAAGACGUUGCAUAAGGCGAUUGAGUACAUCGACCAUCUGCGGCAGCUGUUAGCAGCCGAUGACGUCAGUCGAGGUCACGUGAACGGUGCGACGCUGGACUCCAGCGGCGACAAGGAGAACUCCUGGUGCGCACCGCCUCAGGUGUACGCCGAUGACUACUACCCGCCGCAGCCGCACGCGUACAGCAUGCAGUACACCAUCAUGACGGACUACACGCCCGGCCAGUGAGAGCUGGCAGUCCAGGUCCGCAAGAUACGCUUCGUCUUCAGUUGGUAUCCGUCCACUAAAUGACCGUCCGCAUCUUGCCGUGUUAGUGUUGUGCUCGGAGAAAACCGCAAACGUUGCGGCGAUAUGUUUGGGCGUGGGUGGAAGAGCUUUACUUGCUAGUCAUUUACACAUGGCUCGUCUGUUGGAGUGUGUGCAAAAUGCCCCAUAGAUCAGGCUUACGAAUUCGAGCCAUCGAGCGUGCGAGCCGUCUUGCUUGUGCACGCGUCACA